CCAAAAAUAAGAUAGCUUUUGUGUCAUACCUCACCUACAAGAACAAGAAUUUUUUUAUUGAACACCAAAUGACCAAAAUUGAAAUUUAUUUAUUUUUCUUUCUUUAACUCUAUAUAACUCUAUAUAGGCAAAUCAUUGUUUUCUUUGGGCGAGGAAUGGAUGAUAAAGGGGCAAAUAAUGGAGGGAAUGGAAGCCAAGAAGAGACACAAUUGGAGGGCCAAGAAGAGAUUGAAAACGGUGAUUGAGUUGAGGUAUAUCGAUACUGACUAAGAAAAUACCUGAAAAAUGGUCAGUUAAACCCAUUUCUCAAACCAAGAAACUCCCAUGGAAAAAUCAGCAAUAAGAAGAUGAAGAAGAACCAUCAUCUUCUUUUUCAGAAGUUUCAUUAGAAAUAGUGAAAAUCCAUAAGAGAGAAUUGACCGCUUAGGUGGAAAGUCAUGAAAUAUUUUCUAAAUUGAAUACCAAAAUUAAAGAACUUAGAAUUCGUUUUGAUAGAAAUUUGAAUCGAAGUUGAAGUAACAUUGUAAGUGAAACUCUCAAUUCUGCUUUGGAUAAUACCAAUUUAAUUAAUACUUAUCAUAAUGGUAAUAGAAAGCAGUAAAACGUUGAAGAAUUUCGUGGGAAUUCAGUAGAACUCUGAAAAACAAUUGAAUGUAAAGUUGACGUUAAGGAAAAAGAAGAUAGUAAAGUAACAUUAUCUAGCAGAAAAUAUGAUGUUAAUAGUGUUAACUUUAAGAAUAUCUAGCAGUUUUUUAUGAUAAUGGUAGAACCAAUUCCUGGAAAGCUAAGUCCGGUAGUGAAAACUUUGUUCAAGGAAAGAGUAGAGAUAGGUUGCCAUGGAUUCCGGAAGUUGAAAUCCGAGAAAUCAGAAGAGAGGAGCAAGACUAUCUUAUCAGAGAAAACAAUCCCAGAACAUGAAUUGAAGAGAUGAAGGAAUUUAGCAUUGAGGAUGAAAGAGAGGCUAAAAGUUGGUUCAACAGGUGUUACACAAUCCUUGGUUGAUGCAACUCAUGAGAAAUGGAAGAUUGAUGAAGUGGUGAAACUGAAAUUUGAAAGCCAAUCUAGAUUUAAUAUGAAAAGGAUUCAUGAUGUUCUUGAGACAAUUGCUAUGAUUCCAGUUGAUUUGCAAAGUGUGGUACAAUUUGGGUCCACAAAAGAUGAAAUUACAAAACAACUAGUUCUCUGACACAAUGGAUGUUCUAGCCUUCUACGGGACUUGCCAUUGAAAAUUUUAUUAGUAGUUCUAUGUGUAAAAACAAUAGCCGUUGGGUAUAAUCGCUUCUGUGUUUAUCUUUGAUGAUUUAUUAUUCCUUUUUAGGAAUGUUGCCAAUAACCAUUUCAGUUGAUGGGUUUCAAGGCAUUUACAAGGCAUUAAUAUACAAUAACAAUUGAUGGGUUCAACCUCAUGUUUUGGAUACUUCAUAGUGGAAAAUUUGGUCAAUUGGUUAAAAGUUUUAGGUCAUCAAAUGAUCAGUAGAAAAUACUCUGUUUUUAUAAGUAAUAGAUUGAAUGACAAUUCAUUAAAGCUGAAUUUUUUAAUUUGAAUUUCUUAUUUUAUUUCAUUUAAUUACACACACUUGAAGAUCUAGAUUGACACUCAUUAAAACUAGAGAUUAGCAUUCAUCUUAGGUACGAUUUCUUUAUUUUUUAAAGUUUUGAAAUUAAGGUUAUGUCGUAUUUUUAGUUGCUUGAAUAUUGUUUGCUGGAUUUUGGUUUGCUAAAUUUUGUUUUUCAUUUCAUUUAUUGUUUAAUUGUUUGGGUCUUUUGAUGGUAUUUUUAAAAUUUAACAUAGGAUAUGAUUAUGUUGUUUCUAUUAUUUGAUUUGAUAUGGAUUUCUGGGUUUAUUUGUUUUUGGGAUAUUUUAGAGGUUUUAAUUAUAGUGUUUUGAUUUGAAAUUUGAUUUCACCAUUUGUUCAAUGUUCAUUUGUUGGAAAUUCUGGUUUUAUUUGUUGUUUGACCUCCAUGGUUUACUAUAAGGAGGUAUCAACUUUAUUCUUUUUUUCUUGUUCAUCUUCAAAUUGGUUUCAAGCAACCAAUCGUAAUUAGGUAUUUUUCUUCAGUUCUUUUUUUUCCUGAUUUUGGUUCUUGAAACCCACAAAAUCAAAUGGGUAUCGUUGAUUCUGCUCUUCAACUUUAUGGUUUACUCCUAAAAGGUUUUAACUUUUCCUUU